GUUCCAGGCGUGGUCGUUGGCAGGCGGCACCCGCCACUUACAGUGCGGCUGUAGCUGAGAGCGGCAAGCAGCGGCUUUUAGGGCGGAAUGCGUUUAGCGGUCUCUACGAGGAGCAAAAUGCUGUGGCGCAGUUGGUUUUCAUUAAGCAAGGCCCAUCCUAUCCUGAUUAGGAUGCUGACUUCAUCCAGCAGUGGAUCCCAGGUUAUUCAGAACAUGGAAGAAGGACAUUUCCCCAUUCAUGUGAAUAAUGUGCGAAAUAGAUUGAGAGAAAUAGUGGGAGCAUCUGCCAACUGGAGAGACCAUGUGCAAGCAAUGAAUGAAAGAAAAGCAUUACAUACACUCCUUGCUAAAACCCAAGCUGAGCUGCCUCCUAGGAAAAUGAAAGACAGUUAUAUAGAAGUCAUCUUGCCUUUAGGAAGUCAGCCUGAAAUACGAGAAAAAUAUCUCAAUAUGCAAAACACUGUCCGGUUUGGUCGAAUUCUUGAAGACCUUGACAGCUUAGGAGUUCUUAUUUGUUAUACUCACACAAAACCUGAAGCUACUCUGAGAUCUCCUUUGUCAAUUGUUACAGCACUUGUGGAUAAAAUUGGUUUAUGGAAGCAGCACAUUCAUCCGGAUUGUGAUAUCAAGUUCACUGGGAAUGUUUCAUGGGUAGGGAAUACUUCAAUGGAAGUGAAGAUACACAUGCUUCAGUUACUUGAUGGAAUCUAUUGCCCUGUGUUAGAUGCAACUUUUGUCAUGGUGGCCCGUGAUCCAGAAAAUAAAAGACCAGCGUUUGUGAAUCCUUUAGUUGCUGAAACCCCAGAGGAGGAAAAAAUCUUCAAGGAAGGAGAAAAGAACAAGAUCAGGCGGCUUGAAUCUAGUAAGGCUUCUUUACUGAAAGUUGCUCCCACUGCAGAAGAAAGAAAUAUUAUACACAACAUAUUCCUGAAUACUCUGGAUUCAAGGACAGUGAGUUUUCACAGUCGUGUGCUGCCACCCAAUUCAGUAUGGAUGCAAGACACAACAUUAAAGGGUUUGGAGAUCUGCCAUCCGGAGAAACGUAACAUUUUCAACCGAAUCUUUGGAGGCUUUCUCAUGAGAAAAGCAUAUGAACUUGGAUGGGCUACUGCCUACAACUAUGGAAACUCCAGACCUUAUGUGGUAGCUGUAGAUGAUAUUAUGUUUCAAAAACCUGUUGAAAUUGGAUCCUUACUAUUACUUUCUUCCCAGGUAUGUUAUACUGAAAAAAAUAAUAUCCAGGUUCGGGUGCACAGUGAAGUUUACGAUCCAGAUACCAGGGUACACCACACAACCAAUGUCUUCCAUUUCACAUUUAUGUUAGAGAAGGAAAUACCAGAUGUUGUUCCUAAGACAUAUGGUGAAUCGAUGUUGUAUUUGGAUGGAAAACGGCAUUUUGAUUCAGCUAUGAAAGAAGACAUAGCAUAGUAUCAGCACAGCAGUAUAGCAAAAUGCUAUCUUUGGAUGGCCUUGGAAAUUUCAACACAGUGGUUAUCAGAACAAACUGAGAAGUAUGUUUACUCCAAAAACUUCAUAAACAGUGCAGAAAUAUUGCAAAGAAUUUAAAUUUCUACCCAGGUAUUUUUUUGUUACUAUUUAUACAAAUAUUUUAAAGUUCUCAUUGCAUAUAUCUUCAUAUUUUUGAGCAUAAAACAACCAUAUAUUCUUCAUAUUUUUAAGCAUAAAACAAGUACAGUAUACCUCACUGAGGAUGCAUUAGGAUCGGAGUGGGCUAUAAUACAACCAGUAGUAAGUGAAAAAAGCUACUUCUGAGUAGGAAGUAUAGAAAAUAAUAUGGAAUAAUGCUCCAGAAUAUCUUUCAUACCUUUUAAAGACUUGUACAUUAUUCAAACUCAUAUACAACAUAUAGUGGGAAGGCUAUAUUGAGCCCAUUAAAACAUUUCCCACUUUUCCCUUUGGAUCCAUAAAGAAUCUCAGUGUACUGGUUGGUGGUUAUUUUUUUGAAGAUUUUUUUUUAAUGAGAAAGUUUUGGCAAGCCUGGUUCCCUGUAUUUGUACAAAUUCCCUGUCCUGCCCAUGUACUGAUAGUAAGAUUUGGUCCUUAUGUAAAGCACCGAUUCCUCACUGGGACAAAUCAGAAACUGUAGGACAGAAAAUAGUGCUGUUUUCACAAUAAACUAUGACCAGCUCUUGCUGCCACAGGAGCAUCUUUGUAUUAAUAAAUGCCUCAUGAAUCUUGUUUUUAUUACACUCCUUGGAGAUACUGAAAGAUUAUGAAUUAAUGUGUAUGCUUAAUUAAAAAAAAACUAUAUACGUGAUUGAAAUAAUAUACUUACUACUGCAAGUUG